UAGUAUUCAGUCCCCAGGGUUCUGACUCUAGAGUGGAAACAUUUCCUUUCUAUUUAGUCAGAAACUGUCACUCGGAGAGUUUUGCGAGCGUGUAGGAAUGCGGCUUAUAGAGGAUGGAGCAAUCGGGACAAUUGAAAGCCGGCAGGUAAUGACUGAAUGCGUAAGGAAUGUAUAUCAAGUUACGAUUUCCGCAGUGGAAAUGGAACGACCAGAGGCAGAAGACAGUAUAGUACGGUCUGCAGUCAUUUGUACAUCCAUUCGUUUUCCAAAGUACCAUGCAUCUUGGAAAACGGCGAGCCAUCUUCCUCGGUGAGAAUGGAGAACUCUCCAUCAAAGACAUCACGGAAAAUUACAAGCCAGUGGGUGACCAGGCUCUCGUCAAAGUCAAGUAUUCGGCGAUCAACCCAGCAGAUCUCACGCACUCGUAUGUUGGUCUCUGUGGCUCUGUCGCAGGUCUCGAAUGGGUAGGCACUGUGGUUGAGGUAGGAGACUUGUCGUCCUUCAAGGUCGGCCAAGACCUCUUUGGCACGGCCCUGUUUGGACGCCAGCGACCAUUGUAUCUUGGUCCACAUCAAGAUUACCUCAUAGCUGAUGGGACCCAAACAACAUGGCCAGUACCGAAAGGUAUGAGUGACCACGAUGCUGUAUCGAUUCCUGUUGCGGUCGGGACUGCCGCCGAUGCUCUCUUCAACACGCUCGGCUUCGGCUUCCCUGCCGCAGGACUCGACGGCCGUGAUGCGACUGGCAUUCCCAUCUUGAUCUGGGGAGGUGCAUCCGCCGUUGGGGCUGCCACCAUUCAAGUCGCCAAAGCCGCGGGAUUUGGGCCGAUCUUCACUACAGCCUCUCCGAAAAACCAUGAGAGCCUACGUGCGAUAGGAGCUACACAAGUCUUCGACUAUAACAGUGCCACUGUCGUUGAAGACAUCAAACAUGCAGUCGCCCAGAGUAGCAAGAAGCUCGCCGUCGUCUUCGAUGCUGUAAGUGCUGGCCUAGGCCAACUCGGGGGGUCCGAACAAGAGACUGCCAACAACACGCCCGACCAGGCCAGGCGCUGUGUCUCCGAUGAUGUCGCGGCAGAGGAUCUGCUACUCUCCUCUGUCCUUCCUGUGGAUCACGACCCGGCUUGGAAACUCUGUAUCGGUAUCCGGCCCUAUGGUGACUCAUUCUUCUGGGGCGAUAUUGUCUCGCAAAACCCUUCAUUUCCUGUUCGAAUGAAACAGUAUCUGGACUGGUUUGUGGACAAUCACCAAGGUUUCUGGCAGCCCAUUCUGCGUAACACUAUUGUGCAGGGAGCGGAGAAGGGCAUUGAAGAGAUCCAGCGUGUCGCUGACGGAGGCGCUUCGAGGGAAAAGGUCCUUAUUGCGCGUCCGAUGUGA